AUGGAUAGAAGCGCGGCGAGUGAGGAACCGCCUAGUGUGGCGAGUGAGGAAUGGUCUAGCGCGGUGAGUGAGGAACCGUCCAGCGCAGUGAGUGAGGAACAGUCUAGUGCGGAGAGUGAGGAACGGUCUAGUGCGGAGAUGAGUGAGGAACAGUCUAGUGCGGAGAGUGAGGAACGGUCUACUGCGGUGAGUGAGGAACCGUCUAGUGCGGAGAGUGCGGAUCCGCCUAGUGCGGCGACUGAGGAAUGGUCUAGUGCAGCGACGAGUGAGGAACGGCCUACUGCGGCGAGUGAGGAACCGUCUAGUGCGGCGAGUGAGGAACCGUCUAGCGCGGUGAGUGAGGAACCGUCCAGCGCAGUGAGUGAGGAACAGUCUAGUGCGGAGAGUGAGGAACGGUCUACUGCGGUGAUGAGUGAGGAACAGUCUAGUGCGGAGAGUGAGGAACGGUCUAGUGCGGAGAGUGAGGAACAUUCUAGUGCGGAGAGUGAGGAACGGUCUAGUGCGGAGAGUGCGGAUCCGCCUAGUGCGGCGAGUGAGGAACGGUCUAGCGCAGUGAGUGAGGAACCGUCCAGCGCAGUGAGUGAGGAACAGUCUAGUGCGGAGAGUGAGGAACGGUCUAGCGCAGUGAGUGAGGAACCGUCCAGCGCAGUGAGUGAGGAACAGUCUAGUGCGGAGAGUGAGGAACGGUCUAGUGCGGAGAGUGAGGAACCGCCUAGUGCGGCGAGUAAGAAACCGUCUAGUGCGGCGAGUAAGGAACCGCCUAGUGCGGCAAGUGAGGAACCGUCUAGUGCGGCGAGUGAGGAACCGCCUUGCGUGGCGAGUGAGGAACCGUCUAGUGCGACCUCUAGUGCGGCGAGUGAGGAAUGGUCUAGCGCGGCGAGUGAGGAACGGCCUAGUGCGGCGAGUGAGGAACCGCCUAGUGCGGCGAGUGAGGAACGGUCUAGUGCGGCGAGUGAUGAACGGUCUAGUGCGGCGAGUGAGGAACCGCCUAGCGCGGUGAGUGAGGAACAGUCUAGUGUGGCGACGAGUGAGGAACGGCCUACUGCGGCGAGUGAGGAACCGCCUAGUGCGGCGAGUGAUGAACGGUCUAGCGCGGUGAGUGAGGAACCGUCCAGCGCAGUGAGUGAGGAACAGUCUAGUGCGGAGAGUGAGGAACGGUCUACUGCGGUGAGUGAGGAACCGUCUAGUGCGGAGAGUGCGGAUCCGCCUAGUGCGGCGACUGAGGAAUGGUCUAGUGCAGCGAGUGAGGAACGGCCUACUGCGGCGAGUGAGGAACCGCCUAGUGCGGCGAGUGAGGAAUGGUCUAGUGCAGCGAGUGAGGAACGGCCUACUGUGGCGAGUGAGGAACCGCCUAGUGCGGCGAGUGAGGAACCGUCUAGCGCGGUGAGUGAGGAACCGUCCAGCGCAGUGAGUGAGGAACAGUCUAGUGCGGAGAGUGAGGAACGGUCUACUGCGGUGAGUGAGGAACCGUCUAGUGCGGAGAGUGCGGAUCCGCCUAGUGCGGCGAGUGAGGAACAGUCUAGCGCGGUGAGUGAGGAACCGUCCAGCGCAGUGAGUGAGGAACAGUCUAGUGCGGAGAGUGAGGAACGGUCUAGUGCGGAGAGUGAGGAACAUUCUAGUGCGGAGAGUGAGGAACGGUCUAGUGCGGAGAGUGCGGAUCCGCCUAGUGCAGCGAGUGAGGAACGGUCUAGCGCAGUGAGUGAGGAACCGUCCAGCGCAGUGAGUGAGGAACAGUCUAGUGCGGAGAGUGAGGAACGGUCUAGUGCGGAGAGUGAGGAACUGCCAAGUGCAGCGAGUGAGGAACCGCCUAGUGCGGCGAGUGAGAAACCUGCGGUGAGUGAGGAACCGUCUAGCGCGGUGAGUGAGGAACAGUCUAGUGCGGAGAGUGAGGAACGGCCUAGUGCGGCGAGUGAGGAACCGUCAAGUGCGCCAUCUAGUGCGGCGAGUGAGGAACCGUCAAGUGCGGAGAGUGAGGAACCGUCUAGUGCGGCGAGUGAGGAACCGUCAAGUGCGGUGAGUGAGGAACCGUCAAGUGCGGAGAGCGAGGAACGUGCGGCGAGUGAGGAACCGUCAAGUGCGGUGAGUGAGGAACCGUCAAGUGCGGCGAGUGAGGAACGGUCUAGUGCGGCGAGUGAGGAACUGCCUAGUGCGAGUGAGGAACCGUCUUGCGCGGCGAGUGAGGAACCGUCAAGUGCGGCGAGCGAGGAACCGUCAAGUGCGGUGAGUGAGGAACCGUCAAGUGCGGCGAGUGAGGAACGGUCUAGUGCGGCGAGUGAGGAACGGCCUAGUGCGGCAAGUGAGGAACGGCCUAGUGCAGCGAGUGAGGAACCGUCAAGUGUGGCGAGUGAGGAACUGCCUAGUGCGGCGAGUGAGGAACGGCCUAGCGUGGAGAGUGAGGAACGGCCUAGUGCGGCGAGUGAGGAACCGUCAAUUGCGGCGAGCGAGGAACCGUCUAGCGCGGCGAGUGAGGAACGGUCUAGUGCGGAGAGUGAGGAACCGCCUAGUGUGGUGAGUGAGGAACCGUCUAGCGCGGCGAGUGAGGAACGGUCUAGUGCGGCGAGCGAGGAACCGUCUAGCGCGGCGAGUGAGGAACGGUCUAGUGUGGAGAGUGAGGAACCGCCUAGUGCGGUGAGUGAGGAACCGUCUAGCGCAGCGAGUGAGGAACGGUCUAGUGCGGUGAUUGAGGAACGGUCAAGUGCGGCGAGUGAGGAACGGUCUAGUGCGGCAAGUGAGGAACCGUCUAUUUGA